GCGGGGUUCGGGGCUGCGGGUCGGGUCGGUACCGUCCCCUGCGCUGUGUGUGUCCCCUCCGCCGCGUGUCGUUGUCCCCUGCGGGGCGGUCAGGGCGUGUGGUCCCGAGAUGGCGGCCCGGUUCCGGUCGGUAAAAGACGGGGUUCGGUUGGGCCGGGACCGUGCGGCUGCGGGGCCUCCAGGCGCGACACCGAAAGAGUGUCCGGUGUGACACCGGGAGGCUGCAGGACACGUACAGCCUGGUGGCACCGGCACGGAGACAGCACCGGGCACUGGCCAUGGAGCCAGGCACCAUUGACAACCUCAGCAUCCUGUACCAGAGCUCGGACUUCAUCGUGGUCAACAAGCACUGGGACCUCCGCAUCGACAGCAAGAUGUGGCACCAGCCCCUCACCCUCCAGAGCCAGCUCAAGCACCGCUUCCCCGAGCUGGCUGACCCCGACACCUACUAUGGCUUCAGGUUCUGCCACCAGCUGGAUUUCUCCACCAGUGGAGCCCUCUGCGUCGCGCUCAACAAAGCGGCGGCGGGAAGCGCCUACAAGUGUUUUAAGGACCGGUUGGUCACCAAAGCCUACCUGGCCCUGGUCAGGGGCCACGUCAGCCAGAGCCGAGUGACGAUCCGCUACGCCAUCGGGAAGAACACCACGGAGGGCAUGACCCACAUGAUGUGCAUCGAGGGGACAGAGGGCUGUGAAAAUCCCAAACCUUGCCAGUCGGAGCUGGUCGUGCUGGAGCACGGGUCCUACAGCGGAGACCCCGUCACCAAAGUGCUGCUGCAGCCAUUGACAGGUCGGACUCACCAGCUCCGUGUUCACUGCAGUGCCAUCGGCCACCCCAUCGUGGGGGACUUCACCUACAGCCAGAAGAAGGACAGCAGUCCCUACAGGAUGAUGCUCCACGCCUACUACCUGCGCAUCCCCACCAGCAAGGAGCUCAUCGAGGUCUGUGCCCCGGAUCCCUUCCUCACCUCCAUGGACAGCAACUGGGUGCCCCACCACGUCACCCACCAGCUGGAUGAGACCAUGCAGGAGCUGAAGGACAAGGUGAUGGAGAAGAGGGAAGAGGAGGAGAGCCAGGAAGCUGUGCCUGGUGGCAGAGGAAAGGAGGCACCGAGCCAAGGCGAGAGCCCGGAGCAGCGGGCUGGGUGCCAGCAGUGGUUGGCUGAGUGGGCUCUGGAGUGAGCACCCAUCCCAGCUCUCCAGUUCCAGCCCAAUUGCUCCAUUUUUUCUCCUGGUGGGUCCCCGCAGAGCCCAGUGCUGACUCCACACCUGCACGUUGUGUACACCGUGGCUUCCAUCACUCUUAGGGCUGGGAUCAGGCAGAUUUUAGCAGCUGGUAGGGUGGGUUUGGUUUUUAACUUCCACAUCAUCCAUCUGGCCACUGGAUGCCCCUGUUCCUAAUUCUGGGCCUCAGCAGCAGCAGUCAGUGUGUCACAUUCCAGCUUCGAGUGACCCUAAAGCUUCAUGUCCCUGUCCCAGGGCUUGGGCACAGCCAGGGCAGCACAGACACUGCCUCUGCCACCAGCAUGAUGGUGCAAACCCUCAGUGGAGUUCAGGAUGCUAAAGGGAGAGGAGAACAUGCUGGGUGGAGCUCCCGUGUCCCCAGUUCUUGUCAUUCCAGCCUGCUGGCACACAAGGAAGGAGGACAUCAAGAAGCUGAAGGGAAACCUACAGGCACCAGCAGCCCCCUUGGUCCUGGGGUGGCCCCGGGUGUUUGGUGGGCAGAGGGGAGGUCCCUGCCUACCUGUCCCUGCCCAUGCACCCUCCUUCCUGCCCCCACCCACACUUGGUUCUUCUGAAAGGUUUGCUGAGGGUGAGCAGGUUGAUAGGAAUGAAUUUUAAGCUUUUUUCCACGAC